AUGGCGGACUUAGGUCCUUGCAAGGUUUGCAGGGCGCCUGCUGUGGCAAGGUGCUCUCGCUGCCAAAGCGCUGUCUACUGCAGCCCGGAUUGCCAGCGCAGUGACUGGACGGCGCACAAAGGUCGCUGCAAAGCUGAGGUGCGGGAAGUGCCUGCCCCGGUGCCUCGGUCUUCGCCAGCUACGAGCCAUGUGAUGCCACAGCAGAAGGAGAUCGAGUGGGAUGCGGUGCGCGCUAUGCUUGGGCAGGCGUCCACAUCCCCGGCGGACAACAACGCCGACAGGGCAGCAGGCCCCAGUGCUGCGUCAAGAUGGCAAUCCGCGCCAAGCCAGCCAACAAUGCCUGCUCCGCACGAUGUUUGUUUGGUGGGUCACAGGAGCAUCGAGACAGCGCAAGUCGUGGUCGACAAGCUGAAGGCGUUGUCGCUGACCGCGUCGCAGAAAGCGCCAGGCUGCUACCUGCGGGAUGCAAGGUUCCUCCUGGGCCCCCUGGAGCGCGUCACCAACCCAAUCCAGACCGUGUUUGAUUUCUUCGAGUGUCAGCAACUUUGCGAGAAGACCGCUGGUUGCACUCACUUCGUGUACUUUGGAGGGUCACUGUUCUGCAACCUCGGUGCCGGCAACCUGGGCGUGGUGGAGGAGCGAGGCGCCGUGUCAGGUCCUGCCAAGUGUUUGGAGAAGGAGUCUUUGGCCUGCACUGGGCUGCCCGCGGGAGAGUUUCCGGCUGCAACGCCGGAGGCAAGCCAGAGGGCGUGGUCCACGAACUACACGCCGACCAGACUGCAGUGCUGGCCGCUGAACUCCUACUCCCAGCCGGCGUAUUGCAGGCCUCACCCGGUGGUGUCUCUAGAGAACUCGUCCAUGGGGCAGUGCGGAGACCUGCAGCUCGUAACGCCUCCAGAGGGCCAGUCAUGUGCGCAAAACUGCGCGGGAAACGUGCUGUGUUCUACCUGGCAGCUGCGGGAGGAAGGUCGCUGCUAUCAAGGCCUUGGCAUUGACUGCAAUGCACAGCUCGCAGUCCGCGACGCUGGUCGGCUCCAACACGGGCUCUACAGGGUCAUUGCCAACCUGACGGGGGUUCAGCUCUCAGGCUUGAGCCCCGGCCAUGUGGGCAAUGGCAGCCAGGCGGUGACUCGCUGCAGGGACCUUUGCCUGUCGCUUCUGGCGUGUCAGGCUUGGCAGUACUCUUCGACUUUUGGCUGCUACAUUGACAACCCGUUUGUUGCUCCCAUGCCCUACCCUCCUGUCAGCCAGAAGGAGACCGACUUUGCCAAGACGGCCAUUGCAGGGCAGUACGUUCAGCGGCUCUGCCCAGAAUUUGUCAGCCGAGCCAGGGGUGAUUCGCAUGACCCAGACGUGGUUCAACAGAGAAAUUUGCCCCCUGUCGUGGCUGAGAUUGCAGAGGUUUCAGCGCCCGUGCUGGUGGCAAAGCCCGGUACAGUGGCCCAAGCAGAAGAGGUUGCAACGGCCAAACCAACGCAGCUCACAACACCCGCGGCAGAUGUUCUACCAGCGACAUUGACGGUGGCUCCGCUUCUGCCAGCAGGCGUGGCAGUAGGCACGGCAUCAAGCGCAGCCGCCGCCACAGGCACGGCAGCAAGCACGCCAGCAGCAGGCAUGCCAGCAGGCUCGGUAGCAGGCACGGCAGCAAGUGUGCCAGCAGGCAUGGCAGCGGGCACGGCAGCAAGCACGCCAGGAGGCAUGCCAGCAAGCACGCCAGCAGGCACGGCAGCAGGCUCGGCAGCAGGCAUGCCAGCAGGCUCGGCAGCAAGCACGCCAGCAGGCACGGCAGCAGGCGCAGCAAGCACGCCAGCAGGCACGGCAGCAGGCUCGGCAGCAGGCAUGCCAGCAGGCUCGGCAGCAAGCACGCCAGCAGGCACGGCAGCAGGCCGGCAGCAGGCACGGCACCAGGCACGGUAG